CCUACUCGUCGGUCUACUCCAUACUUGCUUGCCCACGACCUUGUCCUUUGAUCCAAUCCCUGUGGCUCGAAUGUUUUUCGCUAUCUAUCCUGUCACAGAAUAAAGUCAGUGCAGGAAUGUCCGUGUAUUUUACGCUUAGGCACAAGCUUUCUGUUGUAUCGGAAUGAAUACGUUGGAAGCAACAUUAUGGCACCCAGCUAGGAUGUCUCAUCUAUCAUUUGAUCGCGGUACGAAAGCAUGGCACCUAGCUACCUUGGCAUGUGGACUACCACUCACUUGCGCGAACACUUCCAUCUUGUUUAGACAUCUGCGACAGAUUGGACAAUCCCUCACCUCCUGUUGAAAUCUUGGACGAUUCGAAAUGCGUUUUUUAUGCCUGCCAGGAGCAUACGGCAGCGUAGAAAUAGAAAUUUAAGGUUCAACUUGCGCCGUUGGUAAAAGAACUCGAGUCCGAUGGCACCGCCAGCUUCUUCUUCCUGCAAGGUCCGUACGAAGUGACACCGCCAUCUGGUUAUGAAGAGUUCUUCGGCGGACCGCCAUACUAUCGAUUCAUCGUCCCAAGUGAUGCAGACAGUGAGACAGUAGACGUCUUAGAGCGCAUCCGCGAUUUUCCACAACUCGAGACUCCAGAGAUGACAAUGCGAGAGCUCAUGACCUACGGCAUCGCAAAGACAGAUGACAGUGCUCGGCAGACACUUCUUUACCUCUAUGAAGUCAUGGAAAAGGAAGGGCCGUUUGAUGGUAUCAUUGGAUACUCGGAAGGUGCCACGAUUGCCGGUACCUUGCUACUACACGAGCAGAUGAGGGACAAGAAUGAGGGACGCAUUCCCGUUCUCAAAUGCGCACUCUUCUUUGGUGGCUGGCCCCCGAUGCGACCAACACUGGACGGUAUUGUUCUUGCCGAUGAGAGUGAUUUGAUGAUCGACGUGCCUACAGUCCACAUCGUUGGUUCUCUGGAUCCAUAUCUUCAUGGAAACAUUGCUUUGUACAACAUUUGUGACCCGGAUACUGCCUUCAUCUUUGAUCACGCAAAGGGCCACACACUGCCCCGUGACAAGCAUAUGGUCAAAGAGCUUGGCGAUACUGUUCGGCGUAUGGUUGUCGAAGUAAAUGGCGGCUUUUCUCCUUAUUAA